AUGAAUUUUCUAAUUGAACUAUAUCAGAAAGCAUUCUGGAGAAGACCGAGAGGAGUGCAAUUAGGGGGGCAAUCAACUGGAGCAUCUAGUGUUCUUGUCAUCAAUAACUUUAAGACUUAUUCAAUCACAACAGCGAGUAACGGUCAAGAUGAGACUUUGGUCACUAAAAGAGAAAAGAAAGUCAUGGCUGCACCGGUACCUCUAGAACUAGGACUUUUGGCAUUGCAAUUCCAGAAAAUAUUCUGGGGGAUGUCAUAUCAUGAUCUAUCAACUAUAGCAUUUAGUGUUGUUGUCAUCAAUGGAGUUAUGACUCAUGCUAACCCAACAGUGAGUGACGGUCGAGGAACCCAUGCUGAGACUUUAUUCAUCAGAGAAGCUAAUGUUUUACUCAUGGGACAGAUACAACAAGGAGACAAUAUUGCAAUCACUAUCAAUCUCUCAAAGAGCCCAUGCUUCAUGUGUAGAGAAGAUUUGGAAGAUUUCCUCGAGUCUUUAAUAAAAAAAGGAGCAACAGUUUCAUUUACACUCCGCAUAGCAAAUCUGUACUUCGGAGAUGGAGGAGGUAGAAAACAAAAUAUCGACGAUUUGGUAUUUUGGCUUUUUCAUUUAAACGAAAAUAUAGUGCAUACGCUUAUUCAGCCCAUUAAGGUUGUCACUGAAAUUCCUCAUUACAGACCUCAAGGAGUUAGUGAUGAUGAGUGGGAAAAAAUACAAGGAAAGAGAAGAGACAAAGAUACGAGCAUAGAUACUAUAGUGACCACAGUUGAUCAACUACGAGCUAUUGCUCCAAGACCAGUGAAUACUAGGAGGCUCUUUACAAAUUUGACGGACGUGAAAGAAACACUGGAAGCUAGAGAAAAGCGAACAUUCUACAAAAGUAGUCAAUCAUCAAUAGCUGCGUAUGUGGCAGUGGCACAAGUGCAAAUAAUUGCUGUAAAUACAGUAGGUAGGAGUAAAGAAAAAAUUUUCGGACCAAUCGAAGCGCAUGGUGAUGGAGGAUGUUGUGAUACAUUAUCACGUAUAGAUCUACAUAAAAAACCGCAAAGUUGGAGUAUAUUGAGUAAGACUAUUGUAUUAGCUGUGACGCACUUGCCAUGCAGAGACUGUUUAGCAAAUAUCACUCGUAUUCCUCAUGAUGUGGUUAAGCCAAGACUCAUAUUACGUGUGGCUAACAUUAUUUAUGAAAAGACUACUGUCGACUGGCUAUUGAAAUGUCACCGAGAAGGACUAAUAGUAGAACUCCAGGCAAUCAAUGUAACAGAGGAACUAGGCCAAGUUAAUUGCGAACAGAAUGCUUCACCAGAGAAGAGACAACAGUGGGAGGAUGCUAAGAGACAAAGACAAGAAUUAGAUUUAGAGGUACGAAAAAAUGUCCAACUAAUUAAUGAUGAAGUAUGGCUGAGCACUGUAAACAGCUUAAAGGAACUGUCAUUGUGACACCAUAUUAAAACGUACAGUCAUACUAUAUAUAGCUGAACAUUUCAGGAUGCUAAGGUACGAAGGAACAUGCAUUAUAUAGAUAUAAGGAGGCGAUAAAGAAUGCCGGUCAGAUUAAUAACGAACUAUCUUAGAGAAUAUUUAAAGAACAGGAGAAGAAGUUGGACCACCUCCAAACCAAACAAUCCUGAUUUAGCAUAUAAUUAUAAUUAUAGCAUGAAUGUAAUAAUUAUGGUGUGUUUUUAGAGUGCUAAAAUAAA